AGCGCCUGUCCGUCACUUCUCCCUCUACCUGCUCAUCAUGUCCAGGACCUCCUACGACCGAUACCUCACCGUCUUCUCGCCCGAAGGUCGACUAUAUCAAGUCGAGUAUGCCUUCAAGGCGAUCUCUGGAUCUGGACAUACCGCCGUGGCAGUACGAGGGAAGGAUACAUGCGUCGUCAUCACCCAGCGCAAAGUACCCGACAAGCUUCUCGACGCGUCUACCGUCACCCACCUCUUCAGCAUCACCCCCAGUAUUGGCUGCGUCAUGACCGGUCUCAUCGCCGACGCGCGUUCACAAGUAUACCGCGCGCGUGCUGAAGCCGCUGAGUUCCGGUACAAGUACGGCUACGAGAUUACACCAGAUGCUCUUGCUCGUCGUCUCGCCAAUAUCAACCAGGUGUAUACCCAACGCGCCGCCAUGCGUCCCCUCGGCAUCUCCAUGAUCCUCAUUGGCAUCGACUCCGAAUACGGCCCUCAAGUCUUCAAGCUCGACCCAGCUGGCUACUUCGUCGGCUUUCACGCGACCGCCGCCGGGCAAAAGCAGCAGGAGGCCAUGAAUCACCUCGAGAAGAAGUGGAAGAAGCUGAACAGUGGGCAGGGGCAGGACGAUCCCGCCGCCGCCGGACGCUCGCUGUCCAAGGACGCCGUGCUGGAAAUGGCGAUCGAAGCGAUGUCCACCGUGCACGCGACGGACUACAAGCCGGGCGAGAUCGAGAUUGGCAUUUGCUCAACAGCGGACGGCGAGGAGGGACUGUGGCGUGUAUUGGACGAGGAUGAGGUAGAGCGGCAUUUGCUAGCGUAUGCUGAACGCGACUAGCUUGUACUGUUGUAAUAUCUUUCACUCUGUCCGAUGAAUUGUUAACGUGCGAUUCCCCCUGAUCCUUGC